CACAUUAGAGCAGUCGUUACCCUCACUUUGACCUCUAUGGAAAAAUCUUUGACUGGGGAAGACAAGAAGAAUAUUAACUAUAUCUCACAACUUUUGAAACAGAUACGGAAGGACAAGCAGGAGUAUGCCAAAGUUAAACUCAAAAUUGAUGAAGAAAUGGAUAAUAGAGAUAAACUUCGCAUUCUUCUCAAAGCUGCUACAAAAAUAAAUGGUCAUCAAGAAGAAUAUGAUCGAAUCUUGUACACGCUUGGUGAAAUAAAUUAUCGGCAUUUAGGAAAGCAGUCUUGGGUGAAGUACCAGGAGACAAUGCGACAGGAGGAGAGAUUACAAGGUCUCAAUAACUCCCAAAAGUAUGCUUUUGGGCUUCAUCAAGAGAUGUGCAAGCAAAAUUAUGAGGAUACUGAUGAGCCUGGGCAAACUGUAAAGAGUUCAAAGAUUACUAAUAGCAAGGUUUUUAAUAAAUUCAAACAGAAAAUGGAUAAUAGGCAACUGAACUUUUCUGAUAACCUUUAUUUAAGACAACUCGCAUGAAGAAGCAAGAAGGUCUAUGAGAACAAGGAACGGGAAAAGAACCCAGGAGAAGUAGUUCCAGCUCCAGUGAAUCCUAACGGAGGGGUCAUUAGUAACUUCAGGUAUGCCAACACUAAUGACACACUUCCUAAGUCUACUUCAAUUCUGCAAUUUAACAAAGAAAUUGAUGAAAGGAAGCAAUAUCAGCUCAAUAACCCGAAUGCAUCCUCACGGAAGAGGACUUUUGAUCAAACUUUUGGAGACAUCCCAGACACCUACCAAGAGCGGGAUAAUUACCGCUCUUUAUCCUCUGUUGUGGAGAACCCUGAUUUUCAAAAGAAGCGGGACAGGAAGAUCUCCGACUCUUCCUCAUCAGGUUCUGAAUCCGAAGAGGAAGAAGAUAAGCAAAUGGAUAUCUCAAGAUUCAUUAAAAAGAGCGAAUUUUCACCACCAAAUAUAUCAACAGAAAAACCAACAGAGGUGUUUUCUAAGAAUAAGGAGGUCAUGAAGAAAACUCAGCAGGACGAUAGCUACAAAGUAGUGAAGACUAAUAUUUAUGAGAAAAUAAUCUGAGAGGAUAAGCCUGAUAGACCAGGAAUGAAUCUUCCUCAUUUUGAUAAAUCCCUCCCACCUGAAAACCUUUAUAACCCAUCUUCGAAGAGAGAACGUAAGAGAGCAAAAUAUAGCGAUGAGGAUGAUGAUAAAUACUACAGGCAGACAAAAACCGAUCCUCGGAAGUCAAAUUCAGGUGAUUCUUACCUAGACAGGGCUAAUUCAGGCACAGGGUUUGCAACAGCUGAACGUCAGUUUCAUCACAAUAUGGUGAAGAAGUACGGCAAUAAUUACCAAAAGCCUGAACGAAGAGGGUGCAAUAAUCCCUAUAAUGAUGAAGAAGAAGAAUCUGCCACAGCCAAGAUGAGGAAGAAUGGAGGGAGGCAGCCAGGACUAGGCAAGAACAGAAGAUUUACCCCUCCUGAUAAGAGUAAUGAAGGCCCAUGGAACCCUGGCAAAAGCAUCGUAAAUUCUAUGGGUGGAUCCGCACAGAAGGGAGGUAAAGAAAAUGAAUACAACUUCUUAAAAGUCGAUGAAAAUGGAAUUCCUGAUGAAAGAUACCAAACACUUGAUCCUAGAAUGGUCGAAAUCAUUGAAAGUGAAAUUUUAGAAAGCAGACAUCGUAUCGUUUGGAAUGAUAUAGCAGGACUUGAGUCGGCAAAGAAGACUAUCAACGAACUUAUCACACUUCCAUUAAAAAGGCCAGAUAUUUUCAAAGGUAUCCGGGCUCCUCCGAAAGGUGUACUUCUGUUCGGACCUCCUGGGACUGGUAAGACCAUGAUCGGUAAAGCCAUCGCUUCUGAGACAAACUUUACUUUCUUUAAUAUCUCAGCAAGCGCUUUGACAUCUAAGUGGGUGGGUGAAGGAGAGAAACUGGUAAAGACUUUAUUCAAACUUUCUGUAAUCCACCAGCCUUCUGUAAUCUUCAUUGAUGAAAUCGACUCCCUCUUGUGAUCAAGGUCUGAUAAUGAAAAUGAAGCAGGAAGGAAAAUCAAGACAGAAUUUAUGGUUCAUCUUGGAGGAGCUGGCACUGACGAUGACGAUAAAGUCCUGAUAAUUGGAGCAACCAACCGACCCUUUGAGCUUGAUGACGCUAUAAGAAGAAGGCUUGAGAAGAGACUGUACAUUCCAUUGCCAUGAAUGGAAGGAAGAAGACAAUUCAUUGAGAGGAUCAUUGAGACAGAGACAGAAAAUAUGAAAGUUGACAUAAAUACUCAAAGAAUAGAAGAAAUAGCUACUUCCACAAAGGGAUAUUCAGGAGCAGACUUGAAGAGUCUUUUUAAAGAAUCGGCAAUGAUUCCCAUACGAGAACUGAUGAGUAACCACAGUAUCGAAGAUGUAUCUGCAGAUGCAUUACGCCCAGUGGUUGCUGAGGACAUCUUGAAUUCCAUGAAGUUUACACCUCCUAGUGUGAACCAAGAUGAUCUGUCUAGAUAUCUAGAUUGGAACAAAAAGUUUGGCUCAUACCAGCUUAACGAUGAUGAACUUAAUACUUAG